AUGUCAGGAUCUGAGGAUGAUUGUGUAAUAGAGUGCCUUGACGAAGAUGUUGAAAUAGUUCAACAUUACGUUCAAAAAGUGGAUGAUGUCAAACAUAUCAUAAUAAAGACGGAACCUGAAGACGAUGAAUUGCUGCAAGAGAGACCAGAAAAGAGGAAGAAAGUAAAAAGAGAGGAGGAGGACUCCGAUUACGAUCCCGCAGAAGAAUACCGACAGCGUUUCAAGAAGAAGAUGCGACCUUCCCGCCCAAUUUUCAAAAGAGAAUCUGUACCAGACAAUACAUCUAAAGGUGAUUUCAGAAGAAGAAGAUUGCUAGACAUUCGUAUUCCUGACUAUGAAGAUCCUUUAUGUUUGCCAGUGAGAUCUUAUAGCACAGACGAGUAUAGUGCAAAAAGGUUAAGGAACUGGAAUAACUUGUGUUUGAAAUAUAUGAAGAUGUAUGAGACACCUCUACGGCCAGAUGUGCAGGAAACAUUUUCAUCUUCGAGGUGUGUUGUGCUGAGGAACGCAUAUAGUAAAGACAGUGGUAAAGUUGACACCACUGUAUGGAGCAAACUUACAGUGGAAAAUAAACAAGGAAUGCAAAAAUCGGAAAUAUUUCAAGCAGUUUUACCAAGGUACAAGGAGAAAAAAGCAUUGAACACAAUAAUACUGCGUCCAAAGCUAUUAAAAUCUGUUCAGUACAAAGAGGAAGUAAUUCUAACAAAAGAGUUCAAUAAGAAUGAGGAUAUGUUAAUUGUUUACAAACCAAAACAAGCACUCUCAUGUACUUACAAGAUGAUCGAAGAGAAGGUGGAAGGAUCUGAUGAAGAACCAAAGAGGUACCUUAAGGAGGUGGUUGCUUGCAAAAUGUGUGCCCCUUGCUAUCAAAUGUCGUGGCGAGGAGUUCUUAAAAGCAACUCAAAUAGUAUGAAGUGCUGCGUUUGUAAUAUUACUUGCUCCAGCGCAUUUAAUUUGCUGUCGCACCUUCGUGGUCACUCCCAGGCCGAAGUCAGGGCGAAUAAAAUGUUAAUCUCCAAGACUCUCUCCGAGGUACUCCGCUACCACUAUGAAUGCAGAAUAUGUUCACAGAAGUGUGGAAGUAUCAAAGGGUUACGUUCGCAUAUAAAGGCACAUAAAGGUAAAGAACCGUUUCUAUGCGAAAUUGGAGGUCAUGUGGCGUCGUAG